UUCGGCAGAAACUCCAAAAAAUCCUCCAAACCCCCUUUGCCCGCCCCUCCCUCGUCGCUUUUGGAUUCAGAGGAAGAAGAAGAAUCCAAACCCAUGAGUUACGAUGAAAAAAGACAACUGAGUUUGGAUAUCAAUAAAUUACCCGGAGAAAAAUUGGGAAGAGUCGUUCACAUCAUCCAAUCCCGGGAGCCUUCGCUGAGAGAUUCCAACCCCGAGGAAAUCGAAAUCGAUUUCGAGACGCUGAAACCGUCGACGUUGAGAGAGCUGGAGCGCUACGUGCUGUCGUGUCUGAGGAAAAAACCGCGGAAACCCUAUAGUGAAAGUGAGGAAAUUUGGGAAAAAAUAUUGGGAAUUGUAGGAGAAA